AUGGAGCAACCACAGAUCGCGAACGUACAGAAUAAUCCGACGCUUGAAUUGAGCAAACACGGGAGAAUUUCUACGCCGGUUUUAGAAAAGAAAAAACCCUUCGGUACCGUCGAUAGGCAAUUCGAAAAAUUCUGCGAGCACCUCGCCAAUGCCCCGAGGAACGUGCACUUGAGGGGAAGCCUGAAGAACAAGCACGAUUUCGUGUCUGGUCAUUUAGUGGAACGGGUGAUCAAGGAAGAUGCGAAGAAUGCGCCGAACAGGAAAGAAAAUGCUUGUUACGAGGGAGGAAAAGCGAACGUUCGGUUCCAAGGAAAAGAGGAAAAAUCGACGAAAAUAACCGAAAAUCGGAAGAUAACCGUUAUAAAUGCGUUGGCAAAAGCAAUGACGAGUAAAAGAGAACUAUGGUUGACUUCGAAAAAAUUUGUAAAGAAGGACGGAAAGAGGAAUAUCAACUUUCGAAUGUACAUUUAA